AAGAGAUCCCCCCCGGACACGAACCAACACGCGAACCACCAUGCGAACCACCACGCAAGCAUCCAAUACGAACAGUUAGAGAAACUGAAGCAGACGAAGGUGUUGCUGAGUGAGAAGCUCAUUAGACAUGACUGGUCUCAGACGGCCGACCGCGUUUUCUUAACCCUCUACAAGAAGGGCCUCCGUGAAAGCGACUGCCUCUACUACGUCGAAGAUGGUCAUCUCUCAUUAAUCAUAAAAAUGGACGGGGACGAGAUUUACCUCCUCGAAAAACGACUCUUCUCAAAAAUAAUUCCCCACCGGACCAGCCUUUCCGUAACGCCAAUGAAAGUCGAAGUUACACUCGAGAAGCUCCAACCAGACGUUGAAUGGUCCCAACUCGAAAAACUCGAGGAAAGCGAAAAGGACAAACCGAACGGACUAGCCAAAGACAAGGAAAACCUCCUAAACCCGUUCAGUGGAAAAAGCACCCACGAGUGGGACAAGCUAACAAAGUCCAUAAAGGAAGACGAAGACGAGGGAAGCAUCGACACCUUCUUCCGGAAAAUAUACAACGAGGGCGACGAUGAUACGAAGAGGGCCAUGAUCAAGUCGUUUCAAACCUCCCGGGGAACGGUCCUAUCCACAAAUUGGAAAGACGUCCAGCAUAAGAACUACGAACAGGACAAACCGCUACCCGACGAAAAG